CGCGCAACCGCCACCUGCCGCAUCGAGCGCAUCUCCCCGCGGCGCUGCUCGGGCCGCAAGCCGUGCGACCUGCAUGAACCUUCAACCUCCACAAGCCAUCCAUCAUCUGCAUGUCAAGUAAGGUACAUAUCUGAUGAGUUCCAAGCAGUUCAGGUGUCGCCAAGUCAUGCUUUCUGUUCGGAGGCCUCCCUGGAUCUCUGGCCAAGGGGAGUCAUUGCUCGCAUGAGUCUGCCGAAAAGCACACGUUGAGCGCCCUGCUCACUUCCGCCACACCGCUCAGCCGUCACUCCAUUCUCUCACAGUCUGCACGGCAUGCAUGGCAUAGACUUCCUGAAGUCCUGCGACACGAAUGUGCGGGUAUUGCAAGAUGUCACGCAGACUAGUCUCGCCAUUUUCGACCUUCAGCAGCCCGGCAAUGAUGUCGACACGCUUCACACCGCGCUGGCAACCCUUCGAGAGCAUCAGAUAUUAUGUUGUGUGAUUGAUCGACAAAUCUGGACUUUUGGCCAACUGGAUCACGACGUCGGCCACCUGCUCGAUGCUCGAUUCCGUCAGAGACCGGCGCCCCCAAGCACAAUUUCCCAGCAUGAUCAGAGCGACGUCGCCACCACGCCGUCCGCCACCGAGGCGUUCCUGGACGCCGUCGAAGGCGCCAUCUCUUUCUCUUUAGCCAAGCAGCUAGGAAUGAUCCGCCUCUGUGCAUGGCGCUGGAUUCUCCCAUCCCUGGACGGAGAAGAAGGCUCGGGCACGGUGUUGCGCAUGCACGCAAAGCUCGCCGACCCUGAAACUCUGCAUAUCUUUUACAAUGUGAAGCCAUGUCUGCUGCGCCCAGUCUGUGAGUCACAAACCCCCGUGCCGGUGGUGUUGGGUUGUUGCGGACUUCUCGCAAAACUGGCAACGAAGCAGUCGGCGGCCCCGGGGCAGGAUGAAAUGCAGUCUGAUCGGCGGGUUGUCGCUGGACUACUCGCUACCACAGGUGUGGCAGCUGAUCCCGAUGAACUCUGGCUACCGGUUGAGGUAUCGGUGCACGGCGAAGUGAUGCUUACAUCUUGGCCUGCUCGGUUAUGCUUCACUGCUGCUUCGGAACCACCAGCACAACCACCCCUUGAAGACGGCGACAAUUGGAAACAAUGGUUUCCUUCCCCCGGCAAAGAGGGCACUGCUUACGAGGAUCAGCUUUCCAUUGCUGAGCAGUGGUUUUUCCGCGCCUCGGCUGGUGAUGUAAAGAGCGGCAGUCCAGGCAAUCCCACAGACGCUCUUCCUGGAGAGGCAGUCGAUACUGUGGCGAUGGCCGAGACACCAAUGGCAACAUCAUCGCCAUUCAAUCAGCGCACUGCAGAUCUCCAAGCCGCCAUGGCUGGAAUAUAUCCUACACCGCCAGAUGGGCUUCUACCUGGCACUACCCCUUCGCAACACAUUUCACAGCUCAGUGAUGCCAUACCAGAGGGCGAGGCGGUCGACUUCUCCGCCAGCAUUGAUGACCAGCCGGAGAGCAGCGAGGCCUUUGUACAACCAGCGAGGCUAAUUCCAUACCACUCAACGAAUGAGGACCUAUUUGGCGAGCUUGGCGAAAUGGAAAUGGGCGCAAACGAAGUUGGUGAUGCUGACUUUGAUUAUUUCGACGAGCCGGAUGACGUGCCAGUCGGAGAAGGUCCAUCAAAUCGCAAUAUGAUUGUCGAGUCCCCGAUUAUGAACAUCGAUGCCCUCGUCGAGCCGACAAACGUAGUGACCAUGUCACCAAUGGAGACCCAAUCUCCCGCUGGACCAGUCACCGGCGGUCAUGCACACUCAUAUAAUGAGACGCGUACCAGCGGGGGCCUGGAAAAAGAUGACAUGUCUGCUUCACUGCAGUCACCGCAACUGCUCCCGGCGACCGGCCCAAAACCUCUCAGCCCGUUUGGAAUCCGGGAACGCAUUCUACCGCCCCCAAUCCCCGCCAGCGCUCAACAGCAGCUCAAGACCGACCUGAGGCGAAGUAGCUCUUUUGGCCCACUGGUCUUCAAUGAGGCAUUCUCUUGUAAUCGCCAUGACAUCGAGCCUGUCACUGGUGGUGAACAAGGUGUUGCGCACCAUGAGCAGUCUGACAUUCGAUUGCCGCGAAAGAAGCACAAGCGGCUUCGGCUUGCACGCAAGGACUCCGAUUCAGGCGUGGAUGGGAUAGGGGAGAUUGACAUAUCCGACGCGGAUUUCAAUCAAGACUCGUCAAGUACGAGUGUUGUUGACGAUGACGAGAGACGUCCACCGAAGCUUCCAUGGGACAACCGGGAGCGCAAGCGGAAGUCCGAGAACGAUCACUCCCUCACACGCAGCAGCUCUUCGGCUGACGACGCUAUGAGUGGAGGGAACGAUGUCGACAUGGCUGACAUGGGCACCGCCCGUGGACAGCUUCACAAUGGUCUUUUAUUACUCGCGGCCACAGAGCAGGCGCUCGAUUCUCAAUCUUUUGAUACGUUCCUUGAGACCCAUACGCGGCGUGGGCGAUCAGUGUCGCGGGCCGAAUCAUUAUCACCAGUCGAGUCCUUUUAUUCUCUUACCAACGAGGAUAUUGUUGCCGUCGCCCAGGUCGUCGCAGAACAGGCGACCGCAGCUUCUGUCACCUUGACAAGCGCAGAUCAGUCUUCCACGGCGUCAGAUCCCGCUUCUGCUGAGACUAUUCGCAUCUCCGUCGAGAGCGCUUUGUCUCUUAUGCUCCCUGGUGCCGAGGACUGUGACGUUACAAGGAUGGCAUACGUCUCAGACAAUGCUGCAAAGGCCUCCGCCAACAGAGCGCCGAGUACUCCGCACCCCCGCCCCUCUGCACGAGAGGGAACCCUGCAGGCUCCGAGCAUCUUCCCACUCCAGACGCCCCACGUCCAUGUCCAACGUGGAGCGGACACUUUCGAUGUGCUACCUACGGCCCUGCCGUUCUGGAAUGCAUUGAGCCUGGGGCCUGCAAAUGGGCCGAAGAAUGCGAAAGUGAUCUGCAUGGUCCCUGAUGUUGAGCCUCUCAUAGGACUGGCUGCAUCGUUCAUAGACGACAUGGGGAAGGUCUAUGAGGGCCGUAAGUUGGGUGUGAUGACCUCCACGGAGCGGAACGGCAUACAUGGUGCCGAACGAGGGGUCGUCACAGUGAAAACUCUCGAUGAAGACUCGCCUGAUCUGUCUGGUGUGCUGAAAGCUUACGCUACAGCUUCUGUAAAGUUGGGCAAGGCUCUAGCGAAAGGCAGAGAUGCGGAGCUGGACCAGACCAUUGUGAUUUGCAUGUUCAACCCCUUCGAAACCGACGAACGGUUGAAGCCAUACCUGUGUGCAUGCUACCAGCUUCUGCACAAGGCAUACCAUUCAGGCUCACAUGCACCUCUGGACGCGACGAGCAGAAGCGAUCUGUUGCUUCAGAUUGUUUCCCUCUCCACGAUUGCGUACCUUCAGGAUAUGGGCAUGCCAGCUGGUGAGCAUCUCAUUCCCAUGGCGACGUAUAUCUACGACAGGUGUCCUGCGUCAGGUAAGGACCUUGACAAGGCUGUCUCCCAAUCCAUACAAUCAAAGACUGGAGCUCCGGCGAUUGAGCUUGCAACGAUUCCGCCCAAAAGAAUUGGUUUCCAGUUGACCCCCGAUCCACCUAGCGAUAUCUUGUUUGACGGAUCCAUUCUACACAUCGCAUACGCUUCAAGCAGAAACGGGCGCUGGCUGACGGCUUGCUGGACGGACAAUACGUCGCACUACCAGAGAAUAUACUCGGCAUCUCUCCGGGGCAGAUCAUUCCGGGACGUGGCUGCACAUCUUUGGGAGGAGACGUGCGCGAUCAUCGCUGCGAAAGAGGUGACAUGGCGUGUCUACAUCGCAACGACUGGAGAGAUCGAUUCGAGUGUCGCCGCUUGUUGGAGAAAAGUGGUAACGGCCAAACCAAGGAAGCAAAUGCUGCAUGUGACGCUGGUGUCCGUCACUGAUGACGAUCUGGUCCAGCUCACUCCCGCAAGCACGCCAGACGUUUCCAAGUCGGGCAUCAAAGUUACAACGCCAGGAGACGGAUUCUCAACGCCGGCUUCGACACCGCAGACAUCUACGUGCAUCGCGUCUCCAGACCCGGGUGGUCAGACGAAUGCGCCGCCAACUCCUGGGACGCGCGAGCCCACCAGCAACAUUAGCGAGAACGAUCCGGACGUUCAGUUGGUCGAUUUGGCCGACGAGCAUUGGGGAAUGCUGCUGGCACCUUCGUUCAAGCCAUCCCACUCGACGACGGCCUCGGAUCCCGCUGUCAGCGGCCUUUUGAUCCGCCGCGGCGAUGGCGCUGACGUGCCGCUCGAAACGUUGAGUGUCAACUUGCAUUGGGACAUCAGGCUGCGUCCAAACAGUCUGAUUGACGACGGUCCCCCGCGCCAGGUUGAAGCGAAUCUUCGCGAGACAGUGAAAGCGUAUCGGAGCCUUUCUUUAAUGGCGAAGGUACGGGGCAAACCUGGGUUGAUGCCUCUUCAUAUAUCAUCUACCCUCGCAGCUGCGCAGGAUUUGGACCUACUAUAGAUCUUGAGAAGUGUACAAGAAUCAACAAUGAAAUCUGUCGAUAGC